AUGAGUUAGGGGGUGUGGUUUUGAUGGUGUCAUGGCUUCCCCCGUCCACGAAGCUACAUCUUUAUUGAGCCGAGCGUGAAUUAAAUGUAAUUUAAUUUCGUAAAAUAAACACCAACAUUUGAAGGACUGUACAUUCAAGACCUUAAUCAUGGGCACCGUCCACGCGAGGAGUCUUGAUCCUCUGCCAAUGCAGGGACCUGAGUUGGGGGUUCAUGCGGAUGACAUCGAGACACCAGAUAUGGAGCAGGAAUCAAAACAAGAGGUUCUUGAAAACAAAGAUGUCAUAGUCCAGCAUGUUCACAUAGAUGGUCUGGGAAGAACCAAGGAGGAUUGCUUAACAUACGAGAUUGCUGGUGUCUUCAGAGCAAAGAACUUGAUUGACGUAAUGAAGAGAGCCCACGAAGCCAGACAGAAGCUCCUCCGUCUUGGUAUCUUCAGACAGGUGGAGGUUGUUAUUGAUACCUCACAAGGGGUGGAUGCUCUGCCUAACGGACUAGAUGUGACGUUUGCAGUGACUGAGCUGAGACGUAUGACUGGUAGCUAUAACACCAUGGUUGGAAAUAACGAAGGCAGCAUGGUUCUUGGUCUGAAGCUGCCCAAUGUUUUCGGUCGUGCGGAAAAGCUUACUUUCCAGUUCUCCUACGGUACCAAAGAGACUUCCUAUGGGCUGUCUUUCUUCAAGCCUCAACCUGGUCACUUUGAGCGCAAUUUUGCUGUUAACUUUUACAAAGUCACAGGCCAGUUUCCAUGGAGCUCGCUGAGAGAGACUGAUCGUGGYGUCUCCACMGAAUUSAGUUUCCCUCUUUGGAAGACGAACCACACCCUGAAGUGGGAGGGUGUGUGGCGAGAGCUGGGAUGUCUGGCGCGUACCGCCUCAUUCGCAGUCCGGGAGGAGAGCGGCCACUCCCUCAAGUCAUCACUCUCGCAUGCCAUGGUCAUCGACACCAGAAACUCCACAAUCCUUCCCAGGAGGGGAGCCUUGCUSAAAAUCAACCAGGAGUUGGCUGGCUACACUGGAGGAGAUGCCAGUUUUCUGAAAGAGGACUUUGAGCUCCAAUUUAACAAACGUCUCUUCUGGGACUCGGUCCUGUCUGCAUCUCUCUGGGGUGGAUGCCUCCUGCCCAUUGGAGAUAAGCCAACUUGCAUUGCUGACAGGUUCUAUCUCGGUGGUCCUACUAGCGUCAGAGGAUUCAGUAUGUACAGCAUCGGCCCACAGAGUGAAGGUGACUACCUGGGAGGUGAGGUGUAUUGGGCUGGAGCCAUCCACCUGUAUACUCCACUGCCCUUCCGUCCAGGCAAAGGGGGAUUCGGAGACCUCUUCAGGACCCACUUCUUCCUCAAUGCUGGGAACCUGUGUAACCUCAACUAUGGUGACGGGCCUCGAGCACACCUGAGUAAGCUGGCGGAGUGUAUCCGCUGGUCCUAUGGAGCGGGAAUCGUGCUGCGACUUGGAAACAUCGCCCGGCUGGAGCUCAACUACUGCAUUCCCAUGGGCGUCCAGAGUGGAGACAGGAUAUGCGACGGGGUCCAGUUUGGAGCUGGAAUCCGAUUUCUGUGAUGUCGUCCUGUUGUCUUGCUGCAUUGAAUUAUGCAACACAGGAGUUUGUUUCGUUGGUUUUAGGAAAUGGGAGGUGAUCUAUAGGGGUCACUUUCAGCACAGCGAAGGUUGCUGGGAAUGAAUUGUCUACUACAACCAAACUAUUGUAAGUAAAAUGGACAAGGCAUCAAUGGGGAUUUUCUUCCACUACUAUUGAACGAUGAGAGCCUCCAGUGCUCAAGAUGUUAAAACAAGAGGCCUUCACGGGUCCAAAAAGUUGGACCUGUUCCCAAAUGGACCUGGGGCUUUCCCAUCCGGACCCAAUAUGCAUACAUUUAUUUGUWAAAUAUAGAGAACCCGUUCCGAAUGGACACGAGGACAACUAGACCCAUUCCGYGUAGACCUGGUCGGAUCCAGACCACAUCUGAGUGAGGGAAUUGACAGAAAAGUCCAUUUAARCUACCGGAGCUGAUAAAGCGCGAGAGAGGUAGAGCUCUAGCAGGACGUGUGAGCUAGUGACACGGGGAGCAGGGAAGAGGGAGGGAGAGACGAGAAACGGCAACCGACCAAGCCGACUCGCGMUAUAGUAGAGUAAUAGCAGCCUACCUAGCUAUGUUAUUCUCGUCCUACACAGUUACAAACAACUUCAUUCAGAAUAUUAAGUAGCAGCCUACCUGUUGGCUCUUGGUCUUUGUAGCCUAUCCCUCUCCUUUAACUUCUGUCAUUUUAAAUUAAAUAUUCCAUUGAUAUUUCCUAAC